CAGUACAUCAUUUCAGUGUUCAAACACAGAGAGGUGAGAGCAGCAAAGCACUCCAAGUUUUCUCCACAUUCACUAUAUAUAUUUACACAUAUAUAUAUCUUUCUCUUGGCGGGAAAAAAGCAAUUCUAGAGGUGCUACUUUUCAAGUGGAAAUACGUGAACCGCAGCACGUGGUUUUUUUCGAAGAACUUUAACAUCUACCAGAACUAAUCUCAAGAUGAAAGUGUACGCUUUCGUGCUCCUGGCGCUUUACCUGCAAGCCACCGAAUCCCGCAGGCUUUCGGACCAGAUGGACAACGAGAUCGAGAGGAGCAACGGAAACCGCAUCGAUUUCGGUAAAAGGGUGAAGGAUUGGGUCAGGAUAUCCGAAGCACCGUCUCCAGUGAUCAGUUACCCGGCGGAUUCCAGGAUACAGCUCGAAUGUGAAGCCAUAGGUUCACCUGCACCGACCAUUCAAUGGCUCAAAGGAAACACCUUCCUCACCGAUAACGACCGAUUCCAGAAUAACUUGAUCGAUGACGUUCCACCACAUGGCAUGGCCAAGAUCAGGGCUCGCCUCGUGAUCAACUCCGCUCUUCCCAUCCACGAAGGUACCUUCACCUGCGUCGCUGAGAGCGGAGCUCAAGUGGCAACCGCCAAGAGCAACGUCUACGUUGUCCGCAACGAGAACUCCGAACGCAACAUCACCGAGCUCUUGACCAAAGAACUCCUUGAGACCAGAGCCAAACCCACCAUCGUCCUCUUCGACACCAUCUACAUGGACAACAUCGGAUCGGACAUCGUUCUUCCGUGCAAAGCCGUCGGAAAUCCCCGUCCCAACAUCAUGUGGUUCGACCCCACCGACAACCGCAUCAGGGCCUCCAACGACAGGGUCACCGUCCUUCCCGACGGUGGUCUCAGGAUAAGGAACAUCCACUGGAGCGACAUGGGCAAAUACGUUUGCGUCGCGAUGAACGCCGACUCUCAGGACAACAUCUCCACCUUCCUCUACCCCAUGUUGGCGUAAAUCCAAAGCCUCCAGCCCGACCGACGCAGCUUAAAUACAUUAACUAUAACGUAUCUAGUCAAAUUAUUAAGACACUAGCCUUAAGUUAUAUUUAUAGCAAGAAAUGAUAAACCGAGAAUGUACUUAAAAAUAGUAUUCCAAAGCCACAAAUGGCGAAGUAUUAUUAAUUAAUUAAUUAACUCUAAUUUACUUAUUAGUAUUCUAUUAUACAUAGCCUAUUUAAUUAAGGAUUUCUAUUUAUUUGAUUUCCUCCUUUUUAUAAUUAUUAUUAUAUUUUUUUUCCCUUCUCGUAUUGUACUGAGGAAUUAUUAUUUAUUAUUUAUAAUAGACCAUGAACCAAUUUUAAACCCAACACCCUCUACAUAUUUAUUUGUAAAAUGUAAUUUAAUAAAAUUGAUAUUAUGAAACAUAA